AUUUAUUUAUUUAUACAUCACAAUUAUUGACUUUUUAAAUAAUAAUUAUUGACAAAAAAAGAUUUUUUCAAAAAAAAGAAUGAUGUGUAAUUAUAGAAGUAUUUAUUUAAUUCAAUAUCUGGAGCCCUCUCCUCUUCUCUCGACAGCAGAAGCACUGAAAGGCAAAAAAUAAUCUCUCUCCCGAUUUCGUCUCCUCCUCCUUUGAUCGAGAAUUAGCGCAAGGAACCCCAUUCAUUGCUAAAGAGCUGAAAACAGGUGCGGACGAAGAAGGGAGUAGACCCACUCCGGCUGCGCAGUUAAAACCAGCAUCGAUUGGCCGCCGCUCCUUCAGCAUCGAUAGCUACUCCUCCACAGUCCACUGAUCACUGCUCCCAUAUCACCAGACGCCGUCAUCGUCUCCUUCAUCGCCCACAACCACUCUCUAUCGGUCUAUCCCUAACCAGAAUAGAGUAAAACCUUUGCCAGAACAAGGUAGAAAGUGGCAUCUGGUAUAAUUGUAUGUGAAUGGACACCUUACAUGUAGCAGGACAUCCCAUGUAUCAGGAGGUCGUAAGGUCAUGUGGGUCCGAGCCAAACAACACCUCUGUUCUUGUUGCCCGUGCAAAGAAGCUCCUACACAGAAGGAUGUUGGUUGGUGUUAACGAUGGUCGCUUCUUUUCUGGUUCGUUCUAUUGCAUUGAUAAGCAAGGAAACAUCAUUCUUCAAGAUGCCAUUGAAUACCGAAGCACUCGACACUCUUCUCCUUCCCCAAUGGAACAACGAUGCUUGGGUCUCAUUCUCAUACCCUUCUCUUGUCGGACUUCAUGUCAUGUUGAUUGCUCUAUUGAAGAACAGCUGUCCCUCAUGUCUUUCUAUGAGCUUGAUUCAAAGUCAUGAUGCGUAUAAUUUUUGAGAUAAUUCUUCAUGUCAAACAUUUUCCCCCAUUUUACUUUAACCUAUUUCCCAUUUUUGUAUGUGUGUGUUUUCCAUUCUCAAAUGCUCAAUGUCUACCCAUACAUUAUGUUAUUGUAAAGAUUGUCAUAUUUUCCUUCUGAUG